AUGGAUCUAACUGUUGUCGCCACAGCGCAGCCGUUCAUCGCCUCUCAUUUCCAAGCUUUGAACCAGAUAAGCUGGAUCGGCACAGCCUUCACACUCACAGACACUGCGUUCGUCCCCUUGUUUGGCCAGAUAGCUGAUGUCUUCGGACGCAUCUUUCACUUCUUGAUCGGCAUUGCGUAUGCAACUGGACCUUUGAUCGGAGGCUACAUGACGAAUGUGCAUUGGCGAUAUGUCUUUGUGCUCUUGUCCGCCUUGAGCGCAAUAAGCAUCCUCACUAUUGCGUUCCUGCGACCUGAUCUGAAGAAGGGGAGGUACUCGGUGGCUCAUCCGCAGUCGGGUCAGACUUCUCUUAGGUCUUUCCUCGAUGGAUGCGCGUGUAUCGACCUGAUCGGCGUGGGAACGUUCGUCGUUGGAGUGGCGCUGAUUAUCCUGGCGACCAGUUGGGGUGGCUCGGCUUAUGCCUGGACAUCACCAGCCGUCUUAACACCGCUUAUCACCGGCCCAUUCUUGCUGGUAGUGUUCGUGAUGUACCAACGACACAUGGCGCCGGGCCGACGUCUCGCGCAACGGCUUCCACGGAUCAUGCCCGUGGUGCCAUACCAACUCUUUCACGAGAAGGAUGUGACCCUAGUCUGUAUCAUCUCCGCAGCAACAGGUGCAGCUCUCUACGCCUGCUUCUACUUCGCCGGUAUCUACUUCACUCUUGUUGAGGGUUUCGACGCUGGUAAAGCUGGGCUCCAGCUGCUGUUCUACGUUCCCGGGAUCGGUAUCGGCGUAUACACUGCCAUUAUCAUGUGCAACGUACACCCUCGACAGACCAUCUGGCCCCUACUGAUCGGUACAAUCGUAGAGACAGGUAGCAUCGGAGCGCUAUCAUGGGCUAUACGUGCUCGCCAGAGGACCGCUGUCAACGUGCUCAUGGGCGUCGCCGGGUUCGGUACUGGCAUCCGCUUUAUGCCAGAGAACCUACACCUGACAGGAAUGUACCGGGACAAGAUCGCUGUCAUUCUCGGCCUUUUGAGCUUCGCUGGUCCUUUCGGUGGAACCAUAGCUUUGACGGUGAUGGGCUCGGUCUUCCAGAACAAGAUGUCGGCCUACUUCGUCGGUAGUGAAGGGUUAUCUAGAUUCGACGUCAACUCACCCACCGCAUUGAAUGCUAUCAGCGACCUCUCGUUGGAAGAUCUGGAACGCUUCCGAUCUGCUGCCGCCAACGCUAUUAGUUGGUCGUUCAUCUCCAUUUUGCCAUUUUUAGCCCUCAGCAUCCUCGCUGCGUUAAUGCUAGGCAACGUCUGGAUAUGCAAGGACAAGAAAGCGAUGAAGGCGACAUCUCCCAGCGACCCGACAGUGAAUACGGACGCAGCGCUGCAAGAUCAGACGCAGAGUGUGCAGCGGAAUGGAAGGCCGGAGGUGCUGACCGGAAUCUACCUCUACGCUGUAUUGAGAGGAACAGUAGCUUCACAGCGGCACUUGGGCCCGCUGGAGGUGCGGUUAGAUCGUCACAAGGAGAAGAAAGACAGCAGGGAGAGUGCUUCGCUAUGA